AUGUCGCUCGAGCUCUUCAACCCCGAGACGGACGACAUGGACAGCGACUCGUCGGGCGUGUCCUCGCCCGACUCCGUCAGCUCCGUCAUCAGCGUGCUCACCGAGGAGCAGGGCGCCGGCGAGCGCCAGGCCGCCGCCGCCGCCGCCGCCACCUGCGCCGCGGACGGAGCAAGGAGCGAGGAAGCGGUAUCGGAGGACGCAGGCCAUCCUCCAGCAGAGGCAUGGCCGUCGCCACCGCCUCCACCAGCGCCACGCGCGCCCGAGAUCGUGCGCACCAGUUCGGAAGACCUCGUGCUGGACCUGUGCGCCGCCGAGGAGGAAGCGGCCCCGCUGGCGGAGGCAGCAGCCACCGGAGCCGCUGCCGGGGCGGCCUCCACCUCCGCUGGCGCCAUCACCUCGGCGCCCGCGGAGCCUCGAGUCUCCCCUUCCUCGCACAGCCUCCUGGAGGCGGCCGCGGACGUGGCGUCUUCGCUCGAGGACGCCGUGGACGCCGUCAUCCAGUCCAGCCCGCGCGCACGGCGGCGCAAGCUGCAGCUCAUGGAGGCCGCCGACCCCAUGAGCCUCAUCCAGGGCGCGUACGGCGGCAGCCUGCUGCGCUCCGAGAGCUUCGGCAAGUUUUCGCCCGGAGAACCUACGCCGGCCAGUAAAUACCUGCUGUCCGGGAGCGGCAACAGCGCGAGCCCGGUGGUGGAGCGGAGGGGCAGUCGCGGGUGGGCCGGCAGCGUCGACAGCAGCCGACGGGCAUCGCCCCGCCGCGCCGCCACCGCCUCCCUCACCGCCGUCGCCUCCACCACCGCCACCACCAUCACCACCUCCACAGCCACCGCCACUUUGGCUGUAGACCCUCUGCAAGACGAAACGGGCGGCCACGAGUCUUGGGACGAGAGCUGCCGCCAACACCUGGCCGACUUUGCGGAGAAACUCAGCGAAAAGCUGCUCGAAGAGAUCGACCAGUACCGUCGCCAGACGUGCCAACCCCUUCCUUCGCGCCCGUCGCCACGGAACAAGACGUACGCGGGCCUACCUGAGGAUUACGAACACAUCGACGACCCCUAUCUCUCUCGGCUGAGCGAGGAACUCGAGGACCUCACCAAGCUCAGUGAAGAGUUGCAGAGGAGGAAUUCGUAUAUUGCCACCUUCAACGAAACGUCGUCAAUGGCCGCCUCGAAGGGCCUAGAACUGUCCCUGCAGGACAUAUCCGCGUGGAGGCCCAAGCGGGACGCCGCCACCGACUCCGUGUCGCCCAAGACGCCCAGUCUAGGCGCGCCCGACUUCCUCGACCACGAGCUGCUCAAAGACAUCAAUGUGACCGUGCCCGACAGGAUCGAAGACCAUCCAGAGUUCGACGUAAACAUCAGUGUGAGCAGCGAGCAGUUCCUCAGCGAUCGCUUGUCAUCGAGCGCUCUGGAGUCCAGCGACGUCAACCAGCAGAUGGACUUGGCCUACACCGAGUCCUACUCCCGCCAGACGAGUGCUGACAUCACGGAGGACCUGGAGACGUGCUUGGAAGAGGCGGAGGAGCCGGAGGUGGCAGCGCAGAACCCCGAGGUGGAGGAGCAGCCCGUGCCCGCGUCAGACAAAGCGGAGGCGGUCGGCGCGCCCGAAGAGGAGUCGGCGUGUGCGCCGCCGGAAGCGACGACGUCGACCGCCGCGGCGCCCGAAGGCGACGCCGACAAGCCUAAGGGAUCCUUCAGCCUGCGUCCGGGCUACUCGAUCGAGUCGAGCGACGCGGGCGACACGGCGUCCGGGUCGGGCAAGACGGCGAGUACGGCGUCGCUGGGGCCCGAGUCAAGCGACGCCGGCUCUUCCGACUGCAGCCGCGACGUGCGCUACGCGGACCGGCGCACGGCGCGCUGCGACGGCCGCUCUUCGUCGGAAGAGGCGCCGCUGCCACCGCCACGCGCCAUGUUGGUGCGCCAGGAGCCUCCCGAGACGCUCACCAAGACAGAGAGCUGCGCGUCGUCGCUCAGCGGCUCCACGUCGCAGGAGUCGCUGCCUUCCGACAACGGCGGCGGCGCCAUCACCUUCCACCGCUACUACCAUGUGUUCCGAGAAGGCGAGCUUGACCAGCUCAUCGAGCGCUACGUGGAAAACCUGCACAUUAUCUCGUCCUACUACGACCACGCCAAUUGGUGCGUGGUGGCCGAGAAGGUUCAGAUAGUUGCAAACCCACGUUACAGUUUACAACGUGAUCUGGAAGGAUCCGGAAAAGUUUCCAGUUCUUCACCAGCAGAUCCGGACGCGGAGAACGACCUUGACAUGCCACAAUCGGUGUAUGUUAGUGUUCUUAAAGAUACUGAUCCGGGGAGUUACCCGGCGAAUCCAGAAGAGGCAACAGAUCCACAGUCUCGUUUCUCUAGUGUUCCGGAACAAAAUCUAAGCAAUUUUGCUUCUUUACUUGAGUAA